AUGGAUGAAUCCGGAAUUUAUCUGAAUUAUGAUCUUCAAGAAAGUAAUUUAGACUUUUUAACUUCUGAUGUGUCAGAUAAUGAUGCAGGACGUUCGUCCAUUGAAAUGCAAAAUUUUGAUUAUUAUGAAUUACAAUCUAAAACUGUGCCUUUAUCAACGUCCAUUGGCGCAUCUUCGACCAUAAAAAUUGCACCUGUUAAAUCAAGAACACAAUUUAAACAAAUUCUCAUGUGGAGUCAAGAAUUUUUAGAACAGCAAAAAGAACAGGAUAAGAAAAAAAAUGAUGAUGUUACAAAAGUAAAUAAACCCAUUUCGAAUCCAGUUUCUGUUCCUCGAAAUAUUCAAAGUUUGAAAGUUCCUUCUCAUGUUUUACAAGUGACUACUAAAUUACAACAUCCUACAAAAUAUCAUAUCAAAGCUAAACAGGAAAAUCAAGUGUGGCAAUAUUUAAAUUCUGCUCAACCUGAAAAUGUUUUUAUGAGAAAAAGUGGAGUUCAAAGUGAGCCGAUUACUCAGGAACCUAAAGCCAAAUCUAAACUGGAAUAUAAUUCUGUUACUUGUCCAACCUUGCCAUCUCCUGAAAUUCUUUCGCCUAGUGCCUCCAGAGCAUCAGUGACAACCAGCACUGGUACAUCUGAUACAGAAGAUUUAUAUGAAACAGUUUUAGCUCUUGAAGCAGAAAAAAAUGAUUCAGCUUGUAAAUCUCAAAACUUUUAUGGAUCAUACCUUUCUGUUGACUCCUCGAUAAAAAAUUCUAACAAUGAUUCAAGCCCAUCUAAUAAUUUUAAAGUAAAAUCAUCAAGCUAUGGUGAAAUUGAUCCUAAAGACAGACUUAAAAAAGACAAUCACAAUAUGAUAGAAAGAAGAAGGAGAUAUAAUAUAAAUGAUAGAAUUAAAGAAUUGGCAGAUUUAUUACCGAAAACAAAUGAUCCUCAUUAUGAUUUAGUAAGAGAUAAUAGACAAAAUAAAGGUGCCAUACUUAAAUCAUCUGUAGAUUAUAUAAAACUAUUGAAAAAAGAUAAUAAUAGAUUAAAAGAAAUAGAAUUUGAUAACAAACAAUUGCAAUCACAAAGUAAAAAACUUCUUUUAAGGAUUCAAGAAUUAGAAAAACAAGCAAGGGAAAAUGGUUUACCCAUAGAAAACUCAGUGUGGAAAGUGGUUAGCCAUAAAGAUUUGAUAAAUAAUUUUAUGAAAGAUGACACACAAUCGAAAUAUUUUUUUCAAUGUAACACCACCGAUCAAGAGACUGAAAACACCAAAAAUAAAAAAGUUGGCGAUUGCAACGAUAAUGAUAAAGAAAUGAUGGUGACUUCUCCAACCUAUCAAAAACUAUUCACAUCUAAUUUAUCAGAAUGUACAGAUGAAUUUUUAAAUGUCAAUACUGAAUCUGAUUUUGAGAUGAGCGAUGCAUAUGUUCAUAGCAGGGCAAUAAACGCUAAAAAUUAUCGCCCCCAAGACGCUUUAUUCUUAAUUCUAAAAUAUGAAAUAGCGAUAUUCAUUUGUGAUGGGUGA